CACACACAGGCUCCCAUCAGUUAAGGUCUCUCCUCCAUCAGGUCUAACCUCUCUGCUGCAUCUGGAGCUCGGCGGAUGGGGGUAGGGGACGGGUUCUUCAACCGAGGCCCCAUUCUCUCUCCUCCCCGCUCUCAUAACUUCAAAGACACUGCUUCCCUGACCCCAAAGUGACAACUCUGGCAUUGGCUUUUGACUGCUUCAAAGCAGCAGAUGCUGAGCCUUGGGCUGGCUGCUCGCUCUCCACUUUCUAGCCAUCUAUUGCUUAGGGGCUGGGCUGAAACCUAGGACACAGCUGUUAACAUCUGGACCCAGGAUCAUGUCUGCUAACAAGGGCUUGUGGGCACCACCCGAGGGUGAGGACAGCCUGUCGGACAAGUUUCUGAGGAAGACCAGGGAGUCUCCACUGGUGCCUGUAGGCAUAGGAGGCUGCCUGGUGAUAGCGGCAUACAGAAUUUACCGGCUGAAGGCUCGAGGUGCCACCAAGUUGUCCAUACAUCUGAUUCAUACCCGAGUGGCAGCACAGGCGUGUGCCGUGGGCGCCAUCAUGCUCGGUGCCAUGUAUACAAUGUACAGAGAUUACAUCAAGAGGGUGUCAGAGGAUCCUGAGAAGUAGGAGUCCCGAGGCUGCAGGAUGGCCCAAUCCCCAGCUGUCUCCAUAUACACUAAUAAAGUGAUGUUGAGCAAACUGAAGUGCCUCACUCAUGAGCAGAGCCAGGGAAAUGUUGUGGCUGGAGGGAGGGCCCAGCACAACGGGCGGGAACCAAAGGUCUCUGGUCCCAAACAAGGUGCAGCAGUCUCCUAGGACAGACCUCAGUCCCCAGGGUCCCAGCAACUCCUAUACCACCUCAUGUCCAGGCAGAAGCAGCCUGGAAUGGAAAUGAAAAGGCGGGGGCAGAGAAGGGGCCUUGAGGCUCAUGGGAACACUGAAUCAGACGCACGCAUUCCUUCCACCACAGGCUGCUCCCCUAGGGACUUAGCCAGGAAGGCAGCUGCAGCUGGGAGCAGAGGCAGUAAUGCCCCAUGGGAAAUCACAUACCCAGAAUAUAAGUGCUCGGAUUAGACAGGCAG